ACCGCAACUGGGCCUAUUGACAGGCAUUCACCCAAAAGUCGAAGCACAUGAAAGCGGAGUAAAGCCUUUCGAUUUACGCAUGUAGUACGCUCAAGCCACGAUGACGCCUGAACCCUGCGAGCUUGCGAAUUUUACGACAUCUAGAAUGGUAAUCGAAACGAAACAAAGAAAAAGCGAGAGCGACGGGAGACGACGACGACGUUCGUCAGCUGAAAUGGAAUGCGCACUUCGUUACAAUGCGGGAACAAGAUGCGGGAACAAGAACGUUGUUGCAGGGAUUUCGAAACAAGGGAACGUUCUACAAGAAGUACAAGCUAAGGACUUGCUUGAAGAAUGAUGUUUCCCUCUUCUUAUGCGGUUUCUUUUGUUACAAAACUUACUUACAAAUUGACAGCCAUCUACAUCUCGACCAUGUACCGAUUAAGGAUCGUCGGGGGAAGCUUCUGCAGCCG